GACGAACAACCUCCAUCCCACCUAGGUUCUCAUACAGAGUUCCUCCAUCCCACCUAGGUUCUCAUACAGAGUUCCUCCAAUUAUCGAGACAAGCCGCUUGCAAUCACUCGCAGGUCUCCAAUAAUUUCCACCCCUGACCCUCAUUUAUCCACCCCAUCUUUCAAGCCACAAUGACUGGCCGAGGAGGCGGCGGUCGCCGCGUUUUGCUCCCUCCGAUUAAUAUGAUCUUCAAACUACUUCAAUCAAAUGCUACAGUAAGCGUCUGGUUGUAUGAGCAGCUAUCCCUGCGCAUCGAAGGAAAGAUCAGGGGUUUUGACGAGUUCCUUAACCUCGUCAUUGACGACGCAGUCGAGGUCAAGCUAGUCACCAAGACCAAUGAUAAGGAGAUAAGAAAGUCACUAGGCCAAAUCUUGUUGAAGGGCGACAACGUGUCCCUGAUUCAGAGCUUGUCGGGCUGAAGGAUGUUGCGUCGCUACGAUAGAUACCCUCGACUUG